AGUCCACUCUUUAGUCCAAUCUUAAACCCUACACACUUCAAACUCCCUCUCUCUCUCUCAACUCCCUUCUCCCUCUUGCCUCUGCCGGUCACGCCGGCGCCGACCACCGCCCCUCUCUUCCUUCUUCCCUCUUCUUCUUCUUCUUUCUUUUCUCACUCUCUCUCUUGGCUCCCUCCGUCCGACUGGAAACCGCCGCUGCUCCGGUCACCGCCUCCGCCUCCGCCGCCAUCGCUCGGGAUAAAUUAAAAGCGAUUGAAAACACAUUGAAAAGGACCGAGAAGUGUCGUCUUUUGCCGGAUUUCGCCACCACCGCCGGGCUGCCGCCGCCGAGCUUCUGUCGCCGCCACCGAGCUGCCGGAGGGCAGAAACUCCAGCCAAUGCAUGAUUUCUUACUUCCUCAAGAUUAAAAUCAUGAAACAGAAUUUUAGUGAACGGGUCGUGAGUGCAACUGCCUAGAGAUGGCUAUCGAAUGCCUUGUGCUCGGCGCAGGGCAAGAAGUGGGGAAGAGCUGCGUCGUUGUGACAAUAAAUGGCAAGAGAAUAAUGUUUGAUUGUGGAAUGCACAUGCGCUACAAAGAUCUUCGCCAAUACCCGGAUUUUUCUUUGAUUUCAGAUUCUGGUGAGUUUACCAGUUCACUCUCUUGUGUGAUCAUAACACACUUCCACUUGGACCACAUUGGAGCUCUUCCAUAUUUUACUCAAGUUUGUGGAUACGAGGGCCCCAUUUACAUGACGUAUCCAACGAAGGCCUUAGCUCCACUGGCGCUCGAGGAUUAUCGAAAUACAUUUGAAAGAGGAGGAGAGAAAGCGCAAUUUACUUCUGAGCAUAUUGCAGAGUGUAUGAAAAAAGUGACUGCAGUGGAUCUAAAACAGACUAUUCACGUUGAUAAAGACAUCCAGAUUCGAGCCUAUUAUGCAGGGCACAUUCACAGCCAUCGUCGCCCCAGUCGCCCCGACCGCUCCGAGCGCGCCCCAACCGCCCAGAGCGCGCCCCGACGGCGCCCCACGUAUCUCGCUCGGCUCACCCAUGUUGGGGCGAAGCCGACCUCGAUCAUGGCGACCCUCGCCCCGGGCGCGUUUUUGACAACACUGCUACAUAGUACUCCCCUCCAUCCCAAGGUUCUUGGGGCUGCAAUGUUUUAUGCCAAAGUGGGUGAUGCCUCUUUGGUAUAUACAGGUGACUAUAAUAUGGUGCCUGAUAGACAUCUUGGUGCAGCUCAAAUUGACCAACUGCAGCUAGACCUUGUUAUAUCCGAGUCAACUUAUGCAACAACAUACCGUGAUUCAAAAUAUGUCCAAGAGAGGGAAUUUCUAAAAGCAGUUCACAAAUGUGUUACUAGUGGAGGCAAGGUUCUAAUUCCUUCAAAUGCUCUUGGGAGGACUCAGGAACUGUGUUUGCUAUUAGAUGAUUAUUGGGAGCGGACAAACCUUAAGGUGCCAAUAUACUUCUCUUCAGGUUCGACUAUACAAGCAAAUCUGUACCAUAAAAUUCUCAUCAAUUGGGCAAGCCAAAAUGUCAAGGAUACUCAUGCUAGACACAACGCAUUAGACUUCAAAAAUGUCAGGAGUUUUGAUCGUUCCCUGAUAAAUGCUCCUGGACCUUGUGUCCUUUUUGCUUCACCGGGAAACCUUAAUGGUGGCUUUUCUUUGGAAAUUCUCAAGCACUGGGCUCCAUACAAAGAGAAUCUUGUCAUGCUACCAGGAUCUUGUUCGAAUGGAAUUAUAGGAAGCAAGUUGAUGUCAGCCAAGAUACCGACACAAAUCAAGCUUGAUGAGAAUGUCAAAACCGAUGUGCGAUGCCAGAUUCAUAAGUUAGCUUUUAGUGCUCAUACCGAUGGCAAGGGAAUCAUGGACCUUGUUACGUUUCUCUUGCCUAAGCAUGUGCUGCUUGUACAUGGAGAAAAGCCUAAGAUGGCUGCGCUUAAAGAAAAAAUCCAGUCUGAAUUGGGAAUUGAAUGCUGUUAUCCAGCAAACAAUGAAACUGUGACCAUUCCUUCAACUCAUCACAUAGAAGCCGGUGUGUCUGAUGCAUUUCUGCAGAGUUGCAUGGCCCCCAAUUUCAUGUUUUGGAAAACCAAUGUUGGCUCGGACGAGAGAACACCUCCUAUAUUGCAGGUUCAUGAUGACCGAGUGGGUCAAGGGAUGUUAACCCUGCAGAAUCCUAGAGUCUUUACUCAAAACGAAUUGAGGGACGUGUUAGGAGUAGAAAAUCAUCAAGUGAAGUUUGCUCAUUGUUGCUCAGCAGCAUAUGAUUCAGAAGUUAGCAAUGCUGCAUCAGAUUGGUCGCCUUCAACGUCUCAAAAGAAUUCUUUGCUGCAGCUGUUGUUCGGAUUAGUUUCCGGAGAUUUUCCUGAUUGUAUUAUGCAUGAUUGCCAAAAGGGCAUUCAGGUUGGGUCGUUUGUCGCCUCUUUGUGCUCGAGGGAAGAAUGCCCGAGCAGCAACGCUGAUGCACUACAUUUUCGCUGUACAUGGUCUGUGACUGAAGAGGAACUUGCUUGGAAAGUUAUUUCACUAGUGAAGAAUGUCAAGUUGAGCAGGGAAAGCACUUGAUUCUUUCUGAAAUUUUUGAUGGAUUUCUUGUGACAUUAUUUAAAGCUCCAGUGUUCUUGAUACAAAAGAAAAAACAAACUUGAAGGAAUCUACUUUUAUGAUCAUUGAUUUAGUGUCA